AUGCAGCCUCCUUACAUCCUGGGCCAUCAUUCGCGAAACAGAAGCCCCCAUGAAUUCUACUCGGCCGUCUUCAACUGGAAGUUCAAAGACACCCCCGGCGACCCCAAGAAGGCCGAGGAAGUCCGCCAGUUCGACUUCAACCCCGACCCGACCGGCACCCUUGCAACCGGUCGUGGCGGCGUCUGUGUCUACUGGCUCGUCAAAGACGUUGAGCAGAUCGGAGAUGCCAUUGAGAAAGCCGGCGGUAAGAUGCUUAGCUCCACUGAGAAGGAAGGUGAGAGCGGUUUGUAUCGGUUCUUCGAGGACACGGAGGGAAACUUGGGCGGCGUGUACCAGUUCCUGGGCUGA